UAGCGCCGGAUGUUCGCUACCAGCAACCUGUAAAUCCAGGAAAUAUAGGAAUGGAUAUUUGUAUUGCUUUCGUUAAUGAGUAUAAAACUACGUCGUUCAAGUCACAGAAAUCAUUAACAGACUGAACAUCGAGUAUAGUAAGAAAUUUGUUAAGCUGAUCAUCGUGAUGGCCAAUUUGUGUGGCACUGUGUUUGUUUCGGCUCUGCUUGUGUGUCUGUGUGGCAAUGGUUUCGGCCUGGUUGAGGCUGGUGUGCCGGCUAAGCGCGCUGAUGAGGACGUUACCAUCAACUCGAUCUAUCAGUUUGGUCAGCUGUCGAUGUGUACUACGGGGUUGAGUCUGUUGUCAUUCGAACGGGACUACAACGGAUACGGGUGUUACUGUGGCUACGGGGGCAGCGGCAACCCGCUGGAUGCAACGGACAAUUGCUGUAAAACUCACGACAGAUGCUAUGAGCAAAGUCCGUGUUCGCCCAGCGCCCUCUGGUAUACGAUCCUAUACAGAUACAGCAAGAGCGGGUGCGGGACCGCUCACGCCAGCAUCACUUGCGAGAGGGCCUCAAGCUACCCGUGGUACUACGUGGGCGAGAACUGCGCUGAGGCAAUCUGCAACUGCGACAAAGCUGCUGCCUUAUGCUUUAAUGCGAACCGGUCAACUUACAACGCACAUUAUCGCGACCAUAACAAAUCCACUUGCUAGGUGCUAUAAUUCAGAUAAAGGAGUAGUCCAAACGAUUUCGAUUCAUAUCUCGAUCACUCUAGUAUAAACUUGAACGCAUAAGGUACACACUAAAACAGCCGGGUCUGAUUGACCCGGAAUCCGGGUUCUAUUUUGGCUCAACCCUUUUCCGGGUCAAAAAUGAUACUCUUAAUGGGCAAAACGACACUUGUUGGGGGUCAAAAUGACAUUUCUUUUGGGUCAAAAUGACCUGGAAAAGCGUCAAAAUGACCCAGAAAAGUGUUUGACCCGAAAAAUGUUUCAUUUUUGACCCGGAAAGGGGUUGAGCCAAAUAGAAGCCGGAUUCCAGAUCAAUCUGACCAGGAUGCUUUCAGAGUGCACUUUACCAAUUAACUGGUUAAACAGCCGCUCCUUGAUCAAAAUUUCAUUCUAGCAGAAACUGCACAUUUUCACGAGUAAACGAUUUAAACCUCAGAUUAAGCUUCGUCGCAGUACCGUCAGUCUAUCGGCGUAGACCUAUUGCUUUAAAUUUCAAUACCUUAGGUUCAAUUUUUUACCAGGGGAGAAUAAUUCCUUGUUCUGCACAAAUAAAAGCACAGCUCAGCACUGCGUCUUCAGAAGAGUAUUUCAAUAAUAUGUCGUUUUAAAACUGAAGAGACUACAUUGUGUUUCACGAAACCUUCCCACUGUUUAAUUUCUUUAAAGUAUACAACGCCACCUCUCUUUCUUUCUCUCGAAAUUAAAAUAAACACAACGUGCAAUGCGUUGAUGUCAUAGUUGAUUGCAA